CCGUCUCCUAUGUAGCGGGCUUUAAGCUUUUUGUCCAGGCGUCUACCCUUGUAUGCGCGCGCAUUUGCGCAAGGACCCUUCUGAGCUGUGCCGGCCAUCUGCCUGAAUCUGAGAGAACGGAGGGAGAGGCCGUAGUUGUUUAGCGUGGAGCAGAAGCGGGGGCGACCACCAAACAAGCGUGGGGAACAACGUGCCAUAAUUUUUACCGCCUUACCUGACCUGCGCGGGUGGCGCCGGUGACUAGUAGUAAACCGGCGUUCGUGCCAGUCGCUGUAAGAAGCCCGGCGCGAGAAACGCGUUUGGAAAACGGGUCCUGGCUGUGUGCAAAACGCGCCAACUUUCCCUUUUGGGGGGGGGUGGCUGAGAUUGGAGUAACCCAAUAAACUCUCAGUCUACAGCAAUUGGGGAGGGGGCAUAUUCCGGGAUAGCGUCUUCCUUUCGCCCCCCUGCCGGCCUUCCCUCCCUCCCACGCCUUACCAGCCGGGACCUGGCAGAACGAGAAGAUGUAGCGGGUGAGGAGAUGCGGCCGCGCCACCAUUAGUGAGCCUGAGAAUCGGCAGCGGAGGGUGCGAGCGAUUGUGCGUGUUUCCAUCUGACGGGCGGAAAGCUGUCUGCCCCCUCCCCAUUUCCUCUCACUUCCCUCCUUGUUCCUCUGGUGGGUUUCUGAGGCAAUAACCAUGGGAGGGGGAAUCUAAUCUCGCCGCCUCUGAGAGUCUGGAACCUCGAGUCAUAGCCCGUUCUCCCUGCCUGCCUCCUUUUCCCGCCCUACAAUCUGGGGCAUGACUGCAGAUUGCAAUUUUGUCUCAUUCGUUCCUCAACGUUCUGGUGAGGGGGGAAAAUGCCAGGCGUGUUGGCCAGUGACACUAACGGGCUUUCAAGAGGCACCUCAACGAAAAAAAGCAGACUGUCAUUGAAGUUUUUUCAGAAAAGGGAAACAAAAAGAGCUCUGGAUUUUGCAGACUCGGCAGAAAAUGAGCAACAGGCUUCAGAAUAUGAGUGUUCUGAAAUUGACCAGGUAGUUCCUGCAGCACAGCCACUUUCACCUAUCUGCUGUGACAAAAAAGACAGCAUGCUACCUUUCGUGGGCUUGAACAAUCUCGGCAACACGUGUUAUCUUAACAGUAUACUUCAGGUACUUUAUUUUUGCCCUGGCUUUAAAACUGGAGUGAAACAGCUAUUUAAUAUAAUUUCAAACAAGAAGGAAAGUUUAAAGGAUGAAAUUGAUAAGGGGGCCAUUAAAGAAGAUUGUCUUGCAAGCUAUGAAUUGGUCUGUAGUUUACACUCCUUGAUUGUUUCAGUUGAACAGCUUCAGGCCAGUUUUCUCUUAAAUUCAGAAAAAUACAUAGAUGAACUUGCUACUCAACCUAGAAGACUACUGAACACACUUAGGGAGCUGAACCCUAUGUACGAGGGAUACUUGCAACAUGAUGCCCAAGAAGUAUUACAGUGUAUACUGGGACAUAUCCAAGAAACAUGUCAGCUCUUGAAGGAAGAACUGAAACCCAAAUCACUGGAGGAGCCCACAGCUGAACUAGAGAAAAAAUCUAAUCAGGAUAUUGACUGCACUGGUAUUGUUGAGGAUGUUAGUUUGCUCAAUGGCCAAGUUAGUGAGGGCUGUGAAGAUAAAGGAAAAGCAAAAAGAAAAAGUGAUAUGGAGGAUGGCAAUGAAAAGAAAAAAUCCAAAGUGUCUAAAGAGAAAAAUGGAAUAGAAGAAAAUCAGAGACGGACCCGGUCAAAGAGAAAAGCACUGGAGGAAAAACUAGAAAAUCAGUCCAAAACAGCCAUUAAAUGUGUUGAAAAUGAAAAUACAAAGCCAACUCACAAAAAAUCCAGACUUAGAUUAAAUUGGUUAAAAUCUUCAAACAAGCAACCUAGCAUUCUCUCUAAAUUCUGUAGUUUGGGAAAGCUGACAGCAAACCUGGGAAUCAAAGAGCCAAUUAAAGAAAUGGACAACAGUGAAUUUACAGACAGUUUCCUCAAGUGUGAAAAUGGUAACCAAGCAAGGAAAGAAUAUUGCAAUUCAUCUAUUGAGAGCACUGUUGAAAAAGGAAUUGAAAAACAAUACAAGAGAGGUACAGAGUUUGCUGUCUUUGAUUUAGUAGAGAGACUUUUCCAGGGUCAGUUGGUGUUGCGAACACGUUGUUUAGAGUGUGAGUGUUUCACUGAGAGAAGAGAAGACUUCCAAGAUAUCAGUGUGCCAGUGCAAAAAGAUGAACUCUCAAAAAUGGAAGAGAAUUCUGAAAUUUCACCAGAGCCCAAAACAGAAGUGAAGACUCUGAAAUGGGCAAUUUCACAGUUUGCUUCUGUGGAGAGGAUUGUGGGAGAAGAUAAAUAUUACUGUGAAAACUGUCGUCACUACACAGAAGCUGAACGCAGUCUUCUAUUUGAUAAAAUACCUGAAGUUAUAACCAUCCACUUGAAGUGCUUUGCAUCUAGAGGAUUAGAGUUUGAUUGUUACGGUGGGCUCUCCAAGAUAAAUACUCCUUUACAGACACCUCUGAAACUAUCCUUGGAUGAUUGGAGCAUAAACCCAGCCAAUGAAAUAUAUGGACUAUUUGCCGUAGUGAUGCACAGUGGUAUUACAAUCAGCAGUGGGCACUAUACAGCCUCUGUUAAAAUUACAAAUUUAGAUAGCUUAGAAUUAGAUAAGGACAAUUUCAUAAGUGAUCCAUUUUGUAAAAUUCAUCCAGAGCCACUGAAUGAACAAGAAGCAAGAGCUGUCACUGAGGACUAUGAUGAUGGUGAGGUCUCCUUUAGAGUCAGUGGAAAUGCUCAACCUAAUAAAGGAUUGAAUAAAAAGAAUAUAGACGCUGUGGGGCUCCUUGGAGGGCAAAAAAGCAAGCCUGAUUGUGAUUUGCCAAGCAACAAAGCAACCCAUUCUGAGAGGAUAGCUAAUAUGGUCACUGAAACGAGAAAUGUGGAGCGUAGCCAUGCUAAAGAAAUUGUGGAGUUUGAACACUGUCAGCAAAUUGGUACUACUAAUGGACUAGAAAACAAAGUGAUGCAUAUAAUGGAAAGCUUGAAAAAGUAUGAAGGAAAGUGGCUACAUUUUGAUGAUUCUGAAGUGAAAGUUACGGAGGAAAAAGACUUUCUCAACCUUCUGUCCCCUAUUUCGUCAUCUACAUCUACUCCAUACCUGCUGUUUUAUAAGAAAAUUGUAGAAUGAGGUUGUUUAACUAUGUAAAUAAUUUUACAUCAGAUCAGCACUGAAGAGCACCUGUCAACCUACAAAAUUUAAUUCACCAGUCUCUUAAAUUCUGUAAAAAUGGGACAAUAUAUUUUUUAAAAAGUGGAAAAUUCACUUUAUAUAUUUUAUAGAGAUCAUUCUAGCAAUACAAACCUGUAUAUAUAGUCUGUUAAAUAAAAUCCCCUAAGAGCACAGUAGCAUUUAAAAGUGGUUCUAAUUUUAUCACACUACUUGUAUAUUAGCUUUUUAAAAAACAAAGUUAUUUGUAUUCACAUUCUAGAGUAAAUUUGUAAUUGAUAGUAAAAU